AACACAGUUAUCAAAGAUGGCGAAACACUGAUAACAAAAAGCCAUAUAUUCUUUACAAAUAGUAUUAUUUCGCGAAUAAGCUGCUGGGAAAAAAACGCUUAGAAUCUGAAUAGAAUAAGUAAUUGUGACCGGUUAAAAAACAAAACAAGGGUUUACAAUGUCGGAGACGAGUGUUUUACGUCAACGGAUAAGCUCCGUCAUGGACAUUCUAGCCUCCGCUGCCGUGACAGAGAUUUGCAAAUUAGUAGAGGAUUGCUGUGGAGCGUUAAGUGUAGAAGUCUUUCAAAGCAAAGAGCAAAUCAAAAUGCUAGAGAAGCAACUCAGCCUGACUGAGUCGAGGUACAGGUCGGUGAGUGGCAUAGAAGGGCAGACGUUUGUUACCUGUGGUUCAUCGAGAACCAACAGUCCUUCGGGCAAUUCCCCCGCGGCUGAUGCUGAAGACGAAGAUUUCCAGCAGUUCAUUGUCUCUGAAGAGGAGUUUCCCCUCGAGCAGCAGCAUUAUAAGCAGGAGUGGAGCCCCAGUCUGGGGAAAUAUAAUUGGAACCCCAUACAGAUUAAAGAGGAACAGGGGGAAUUCAGUAUCAUCCAGGAGGAGGAAGACUCUGUAUUCACUCCUACCUGGGUGAAAAGUGACUAUGAUCAGUACUCAACUCAGUCCUCACAAACUCAAAGUGAAGAAUACAAAGACAGAAUGGCCUCAACUGAACAGAUCAAAACAGAACCUAAGGAAGAUGAUUCCUCAGAGACAACCAGUGACUCUCAUCCCCAGGGCAAAUUAAAGAAGACAUGGACAGAAAAAGGACAAAGCUUGAAUGGUAGAAAAUCCAUGGAUUUGAAAUCACCAGUGCAAAGGAGUAGUCACACAGAAGAUAAAUCAUUUUGCUGUAGUGAUUGUGGUGAAUGUUUUGCUCAGAUGGGAACACUGGAUUCUCAUAUGAGGACCCACACACGGGAUAAAUCGUAUCACUGUCAGGAUUGUGACAAAGUAUUCACUCGGAUUGACUGCUUGAAAUUGCACAUGAAGGCCCACACAGGAGAGAAACCGCAUCGCUGUGGUGAAUGUGGCAAAUGUUUUUCUCAAGUUGGGUAUCUGAACUAUCACAUAAAGACUCACACAGGGGAGAAACCUCAUCGCUGUCAUGAUUGUGGCAAAUGUUUCUUUCGAGUUGGUGAGCUGACACUUCAUAGGAGGAUUCACACAGGUGAGAAACCACAUCGCUGCCAGGUCUGUGGCAAAUGUUUUGCUCGUCCUAGUAAUCUGAGUUCUCACAUUAGGAUUCACACAGGGGAGAAAUCUUAUAGCUGUCAUUAUUGUGGCAAAAGUUUUCGCCAUAAAGGUAAUCUGACAACACAUAUGAGGAUUCACACGAGGAAAAUCUCAUUGUCGCUAUAGUAGCAGAUCUUUCAGCACUGGCGGUAGUCACAUGAGUUCAUAUGAGGAUAAUCACAUGAACGAUAAACUAUAUUGCUGUCAGGAUUGUUGUAAAUAUUUCACUAAUUGUUUGAAUCUGAAUUGACUGGGGAGACUGAGAGAAAGAGACCACAUUACUGCCAUGACUAGAAAUGACUGCCUUUUUUUUGACAUUGUGUAUGAGAGGAACACGGGAGGAAUGUUACAAUGCCAAAAGUGCAUUGAAUUGUCAUCAGAAUAGACACUGAAAAUAAUCUAUUUAGGUUAAGUCAAAAAAAAGCAAUGCUUAAGUGGACACAUGGACAUCAGUCAGACGAUUGUCACAUUUUGUAACUUCCACCUGUGAGUGGAGAUACGGUUCUUGGGUGAAUAAUAUACUCUUGUCUUUUGCUAUUUGUAAUACUACAAAUAGUUACUAUUGUUCAUAGUUUUAUACUUGAUUACAUUGUAUAGUCAUCUUUAACUUUCCAUGUGAACCCUGCACAAUAUCUGUCAAAUAAUGAAUCCAAACGAUAGUGAUACGAUUAUUUUGAUCUGAUGAAGCCCACGUUGAUGCAAGCUGUAACCGAGUCUAGCUCAAACGGCCGCUUGAACUGGUCCAUUUGAAUCUAGUAGAAACCAUUUGAUUCCAGUUCAGCCCACGAGACACCAGUAACCACUCUUUACCUGAACUAACUGGAAUUUCCCCUAGGGAAUUGAUGCAUUGUUUAUGUGUGCAUGUAUGAUACCUACUUCGGUGUGUUAUUGUGUGUUUUGCCCCCUAUUGAGUAUUGUCUUCCUUGUAAGUCAUGAUAAAACAUUUUAUGGAAAAGUCAUAGAAUAAUUUUGUGAAAAGAGUUGGAACCCUGUUAAAAAGACCCCAAAUUACUUAGAGGUCCAUGUGUUUUAUGACUAGUAUAAGAUAUGUUGAUAAUACAAUAAUUUGAGCCUUUAUUAUUCAUUUUACAGUUUCACGUGACAUGACUAACUUUUAAGUAAUUACACUUGACCUGGAAGCAUUUCAUUACUCUUGUUGGCUUCACAGGUGACAACAUGAGCUAGCUAUAGGCGUUAUCUGAAAAAUGUCUAAAGUUGAGUGAUUUUUUUUGGUUUAUGCCUAGGCUUUUCUUUAUGCCUAGGCUACAUCUAGCAAGCUUACGCUGGUCACUAGCAACCCGCCUCUGCAUAUUUAUAGCCUGAAAAGCCGCUAGGGAUCGCUGCAAGGUUAUUAUAGUUUUGUGAUUUAAUAUUCUUAAAAAAUAUAUAUAUAUUAGAAAUUAAAUUUAGUUCGUUUUUAGACUUUAUUUGCUAGUUUUUUAAAUUUUGUUUGAGUUUUGAUAGAAAUGUUUUUCGUUUUUAUAUUUAGUUUGUGUUAGGGACAGAAAGUAGCCUAUGUGUGGGAGGCUAGGAGACAUUUGUUGUUGGCCUAUAGUUUGUUUUCUUAGGAUGUCACUUCUUGCCACUGGGCGCUGUACUAUAAAAGGUGAUGGGCAUGGACCAUAAACAUAACAUCUCUGUGUCACGAUGGUGUCUGUGAGAGAAUGGGCAGUGCCAUUGAGGCCAUCUCAUCUUUAAAAGUCAAUUAAGGUUCUCCCAUUUCCAGAGAAAGUCUGGAGCUCUGUCAGAGUGAUCAUUGGGUUCUUGGUCGCCUCCCAAGGCCCUUCUCCCCCGAUUGCUCUGUUUUUGGCCAAGUGGACAGCUCUAGGAAGAGCCUUGGUGGUUCCAAACUCCUUCAAUUUUUAAGAAAGAUUGAGGCCACCGUGCUCUUGGGGAUCUUCAAUGCUGCAGCCAUUUUUUGGAACCCUUUCUCAAAUUUGUUCCUCGACACAAUCCUGUCUCGGAGCUCUACGGACAAUUCCGUCGACCUCAUGACUUGGUUUUUGCUCUGACAUGCACUGUCAACUGCGGGACCUUAUAUAGACAGGUGUGUGCCUUUCCAAAUCAUGUUCAAUCAAUUGAAAUUACCACAGGUGAAACAUCUCAGGGAGGAUCAAUGGAAACAGGAUGCAGCUGAGUUCAAUUUCGAGUGUCAUAGCAAAGGGUCUGAAUACUUGUAAAUAAGGUAUUUCGGUUUUAUUUUUAAUACAUUUGCAAAAAUGUCUCAUCUAACAACCUGUUUUUGCUUUGUCAUUAUGGGGUAUUGUGUGUAGAUUGACAAGGGGGGGAAACUAUUUCAUGCAUUUUAGAAUAAGGCUGUAAUGUAUCAAAAAAGUAAAGGGGCCUGAAUACUUUCCCCAAUGCACUAUAACUGACUAACCCCUUCAAAUAGGGUUAAUAAAAUAACACUUCUUCACAAAUCUAUCAGUUCACAGC